AUGUCUGCUAUAUACAAGGCUCUUCAAGGAAGCCUGAGCAAAGAGUCCUCAGAAAAAGCCAAACACAUUAACCGCCAAAGAGUGCUUGUCAUCUCGUCCAGAGGCGUCACUUACAGGCAUCGUCACUUGAUUCAGGAUUUGACAUACUUGAUGCCACAUGCUAGAAAAGAGCCCAAAUUCGAUUCCAAGAAGAACUUGCACCAGCUCAACGAAGUUGCUGAGUUGUAUAACUGCAACAACAUUUUUUUCUUCGAGGCAAGAAAGCACCAGGACCUUUACCUCUGGAUCCUGAAGCCUCCCAAUGGUCCCACAAUGAAAUUCUAUAUUCAAAACAUGCACACCUUAGAUGAGUUAAAUUUCACAGGAAACUGUCUCAAAGGUUCUCGCCCGAUUUUGAGCUUCGACAAGCUGUUCAACUCUUCGCCUCAGUUUGAGUUGAUAAAGGAGAUGUUUAUCCACACGUUUGGAGUGCCUCCUAACGCCAGAAAGUCCAAGCCUUUUAUUGAUCACGUCAUGACUUUUUCCAUCGUAGACAACAAGAUCUGGGUGAGAAACUACCAGAUCAACGAGACGGAGGAGCUCAAAGAGAGUGACAGAGAAAGCGGGGUGGUGGAUGCUGACUCGCUUUCUCUCGUGGAGAUCGGACCUCGUUUCGUGAUGACCUUGAUCACGAUUUUGGAAGGGUCGUUCGGCGGGCCUAAGAUAUACGAGAAUAAGCAGUAUGUGUCACCCAACGCUGUGAGAGCGCAGUUGAAGCAGCAGGCGGCAGAGCAGGCCAGAUCUAGGGCUACUGCUGCUUUGGAUAGGAAGAUCAAGAGGAGAGAGAUGGCAUUGAAGGCAGAUCCGUUGUCGAAUGAGUCGUUGUUUAAGUGA